AUGGGCUCAAUGGCAGGAGACCCGGAUCUCUCGGACUCCUCCGCAUCGCCGGAACCAUCUGGCAUUGCGCAGACACAAGCACCGAAAAGGACAGCAGAUGCAGCAGGGCUCAGGCCUGGAGGUCGACCAGCGAAGAGUGUCAAGCGAAGAGCAUCGAAGGCUUGCCAAUGCUGUCGAGCCAGGAAAGUUCGAUGCAAUGUUGUCGAACACGGAGCACCGUGCACAAACUGUCGAUUAGACGAAGUCGAUUGCAUUGUCUCUGAGAGCAAGCGGAAGAAGAAGUGGUCUAACAACGACAAUGGCGACGACUCACUUCAACAUCUGGGUGGCAUAGACGACGAUGACAUCGCGGGAUUACCCAUGACAGCACAUGCGCCGUAUGAGCCACUGAAGAGGAACACGGAGCACAAGCCGCACGCUCUAUACCAGGACUUGGGUCGAGAUGUACCCUCGACCAACACACUAUCGACUGCAUCCUUGUACACGCCGAACAUGCUCAUGAAUCUGCAACGACUUGGUCGAAAGCCAUCGCUUGUUGAGACAGCACCAAUGUUAGCAGGCCUGCCGACGCCAACCCAGCCUUCUUACCACCUUCCGAACUACGUUAAACCUUUGCCCACAAAGCUCAGUGCCGACGACAUUCUGUAUCUUGAGAAGAAAGGGGCCUUGGUGAUUCCUCCGGUACCACUUCGUGACGAGCUCUUGCGAUGUUACAUCGAAUUCAUCUAUCCUUUCAUGCCUUCACUCGACGUCCACAACAUGGUCCGGACAAUCGAUCGCAACGACGGUAGCCAGACUAUCAGUCUGCUCUUACUGCAGUCCAUCAUGUUUGCGGGUAUCGCAUCAGUCGAUAUGAGAUAUCUCAAAGCUGCUGGCUACGACACAAGAAGAGAUGCUAGAAGGGACUUUUUCGCGAAAACGAGACUGCUCUACGAUUUCGAUAUCGAAGCGGAUCGUGUCUCGCUGAUCCAGUCUCUGCUGUUGAUGACAUACUGGUAUGAGACUCCAGACGAUCAGAAGGACAGUCACCAUUGGAUGGGCAUUGCCGUAUCGCUCUCGCACACGAUCGGACUGCACCGUAAUCCAGAAAAGUCGGCAGCGAUGGACAAACCACGACAACGUUUAUGGAAGCGGAUAUGGUGGUCAACAUACAUGCGUGAUCGGCUAGUAGCUCUGGGAAUGCGGAGGCCGACUCGCAUAAAAGACGCAGAUUUCGAUGUUCCGAUGCUGGAGCUGGAAGACUUCGAGUGCGACGUCCUGUCCGAAGGCCCUUCAUGUAUUCCGGCCGAUUGCACAACUCUGCGUAGUGCAGAGAAGCAGCGGGAGCUGGCGAUCAUGUGUGUUGAAAAAGCCAAGCUCUGCGUAAGCAUCAGCAAUGUGCUUUCAGUGCAGUACUCUGUGCUACACAACAAUCAUGGAAUCGUAAGCGAUCAGGGUACGACACGCGUGACCAUGAUGCUGGUAGCCAGGCGACAUGACCCAGAGAUCAACGAAGUGCAGGCUUGUGAUAUCGAGCUCAAGCAAUGGAAGGAUGAUCUGGCCGAAGAAGCAAAGUAUGUUGAGCCAAGCUGGAGCGAUGUCGACUCUGGGAACGACGACAUUGUACUGAAUCGCUCAUUAUUGCACAUGGUCUACUAUGCAGCAUUAUCAGCACUGCAUCGACCGCAAGUGCUUCCCUCAACUGCGAUGCCACCACGUAGCACGCAGUCCGACCAACUAGAGACUUCUCGCAAAGCAGUUCGACUGGCGGCAAGUGAAAUCACUAGCAUUGCCAAUCGUCUGUAUAACCUAGACCUGGUCCGCUUUUUACCGUCUCCAGGGAUCACGGUGCUACUGCCUGCCAUCAUCAUCCAUCUUCUCGAUAUUAAAGCACCCGACGAGACCACACGGAAGACCAGUCUCCAAGGCUUCUGUCAAUGUAUGCAGAUCAUGGCUCGUCUCCGCGACAUCUAUGCCGCAGCAGACUACUCUACCGCCUUCCUCGAAGCCGCCAUACGCAAGGCCGAGAUCACACUUCCGCAGAAGUCGAACGAGAUGAAGGAGCCACGCAAUAUCAUAACUUCUGCUCAAGGACUGAUGGAAGCCGGGCGUCGUCUGACUUCUGGCCAGGACUCCGGCGCCCUUACACCACCUCCUGACGCCCAUCAGAACGGUGAUCACCAUCAUCACCACGAUCAGCUAACCGACGACGACAUCGCGCACAAGCUGAACACCUACCUCGCCAGCACACCACCGGACUCAGACCAUCAACCUAGCAUCAAUGACGGGCCAAUGGUCAUAGACGGUGCCAUGCAAAUCCCUCUUAUGGAUUUCGAGCCCGACUUCGACAGCAUGAUCAAUUUGGAUGCUGCGGGCGAAGGGUGGCUGAUGGAGGAUGGUGGGUUUGUGGGCGGAGAGAGUAGUGGUUUCACUAUGGAUGUGGGCUGGAUGAAGAGUAUUUCCAAGGAUGGUGGGCUGGAGAUGCCUGUUAUUGAUGAGGUGGAUGAGGUUGUUGAGGAGGGGAUUGGUGGUGAUGUUUAG